AGGAUUUGAGGAGGUUGUUGUUGGAGUUCCAAUUUUUGUGGAACUUUUCUUUGAUUUUCAUCUUUGGAGAGCUUAUAGUCUUGGACAAGGAUGACAAUAGGAGCUGGAAUCUCUGUAUCUGAUGGAAAUCUCAAUGUUUUGGGGACUAAGAUCUUGUCUGAUGUUCAUGAGAACAUAGUUUUAAGCUCUGCUUGUGGUGAUGCUUUGAUUAAUGGUGCUUUCAUUGGUGUUUCAACAGAUAGGAGUGGUUGCCAUAAUGUUUUCCCUGUUGGGAAGCUUCAGGGAUUGAGAUUCAUGUGCACAUUUAGAUUCAAGUUAUGGUGGAUGACACAAAGGAUGGGUUCAUAUGGGAAAGACAUUCCGUAUGAAACUCAGUUCUUGAUUGUUGAGGGGAGAGAUGGUUCACAUUUUGAAGAUGAACAUGAAGUUGGCCAAUCUUCUUUGUAUGUUGUGUUCUUGCCGAUUGUCGAAGGAGCCUUUCGGGCUGUUCUUCAAGGGAAUGAAAAUGAUGAGCUUGAGAUUUGCUUGGAAAGUGGUUGUCCUGCUGUUCAAGGAUUUGAAGGAACUCAUUUGGUUUUCAUGGCUGCUGGAAAUGACCCAUUUGAUGUUAUCACUAAUGCAGUGAAGAUGGUAGAAAGACACUUGCAGACAUUUUCUCAUCGUGAAAAGAAGAAGAUGCCAGACAUGUUAAACUGGUUUGGAUGGUGUACAUGGGAUGCAUUUUAUACCCAAGUAACCGCUGAAGGUGUUUGUCAAGGAUUGGAAAGCUUCGAGAAAGGUGGGAUUCCCACAAAAUUUGUAAUCAUCGAUGAUGGAUGGCAAUCAGUUGGAAUGGAUGCCUCUGGAGUCGGUUUUGAAGCCGACAAUUCAGCAAACUUUGCAAACAGACUUACAAAUAUUAAAGAAAACCACAAAUUCCAGAAAAAUGGAAAGGAGGGUCACAGAGAGGAAGAUCCAGCACUCGGCCUUGCUCACAUUGUUUCCGAAAUCAAAGAAAAACAUGAGUUGAAAUAUGUUUAUGUUUGGCAUGCGAUCACUGGUUACUGGGGUGGAGUAAGGCCUGGUGUUACCGGAAUGGAACAUUAUGAAUCUAAGAUGGCAUAUCCUGUUUCAUCACCAGGAGUUAAAUCGAAUGAAGAUUGCGAAGCUUUUAAUAGCAUAGCAUCAAACGGUCUCGGCCUUGUAAAUCCAGAGAAAGUUUUCAACUUUUAUGAUGAACUUCACUCUUAUCUUGCAUCCACUGGAGUAGAUGGUGUCAAAGUAGAUGUUCAAAACAUUCUUGAGACUCUAGGUGCUGGCCAUGGUGGAAGAGUUCAGCUUGCUAGAAAAUAUCACCAAGCUUUGGAAGCUUCAAUUGCGAGGAACUUCCCGGAUAAUGGCAUUAUAUCAUGCAUGAGUCACAAUACCGACAACUUGUACAGUUCUAAGAGGACUGCCGUUGUGAGGGCAUCGGAUGACUUCUGGCCGAAAGAUCCUGCAUCGCACACUAUUCAUAUUGCUUCGGUAGCUUAUAAUACUGUUUUCCUAGGGGAGUUUAUGCAACCUGAUUGGGAUAUGUUCCAUAGCUUGCAUCCUAUGGCUGAAUACCAUGGAGCUGCACGCGCAGUUGGUGGUUGUGCCAUUUAUGUCAGUGAUAAACCGGGGAACCAUGACUUUGAUUUGUUGAAGAAACUUGUGCUUCCUGAUGGAUCAAUACUGAGAGCAAAACUUCCCGGGAGGCCAACCAGGGACUGUCUGUUUGCGGAUCCUGCUCGAGAUGGAGAGAGCUUGCUGAAGAUUUGGAAUUUAAAUGACCAUUGUGGAGUCAUUGGUGUCUUCAAUUGUCAAGGAGCUGGAUGGUGUAGAGUAGGUAAAAAGAACUUGAUUCACGACGAGCAACCGGGCACGAUAACAGGAAUUAUCCGCUCAAAAGAUGUCGAUUACUUGUCAAGAGUUGCCGACGAUGACUGGAAAGGCAACACUAUUUUAUACUCCCAUGUAAGAGGAGAACUAACUUAUCUUCCAAAGGAUGCAUCACUGCCUGUGACUCUAAAGUCUCGGGAAUAUGAAGUAUUUACAGUGGUUCCUGUCAAAGAGUUCUCCAAUGGAGCUUCAUUCGCACCGAUUGGCCUGAUCAAGAUGUUCAAUUCUGGUGGAGCUGUUAAAGAAUUGGAAUACGAAACAGAGAAGAAUGGAACAAUUGAAAUCAAAGUCAGGGGACCUGGUGUCUUCGGAGCUUAUUCAUCGAUCAAACCGAAAAGAAUCACAGUGGAUGCUGAGGAAGUGGAGUUCAUAUAUAAUGAAGAGUCUGGUUUGCUGACAUUGGAGCUGGGAUUUGGAGAGAAGACAGAGUUGCAGAAAUGGAGUGUUAGUGUAGAGUUAUGGUGAAAAAGUGUUAGAUAGUAUGAAUUGUAACAAGCCAAGUAUGUUAUAUAUAUUAAAUUAUAUA